AUGGAGCUGGACAUGAAAGCGUAUAUCUGUUAUUUAUCGAAUAUAUAUGUGCCAGACAAUAUACCAAGCACUUCACUUCAUCAUUGCAAGACGUUGUGCCUAUCCUUCCAGGAAGUUGAGGAUGAUUAUUUCAGAAACUGGAAUCCCAACAAGCCCUUUGACCAAGCCCUGGACCCAUCCAAGGACCCCUGCUUGAAGGUGAAAUGCAGCCCUCACAAAGUGUGUGUGACCCAGGACUACCAGACGGCGCUGUGUGUCAGCCGCAAGCACCUGCUGCCCAGGCAAAAGAAGGGAAAUGUGGCCCACAAACACUGGGUUGGAACUUCAAAUUUGGUUAAGUGCAAGCCCUGCCCCAUGGCCCAGUCAACCAUGGUCUGCGGUUCUGAUGGUCACACCUAUACGUCCAAGUGCAAGUUGGAGUUCCAUGCAUGUUCUACUGGCAAAAGCCUCACCAUUCUCUGUGAUGGGCCCUGCCCGUGUCUCCCGGAACCUGAGCCCCCGAAACACAAGGCUGAAAAGAAUGCCUGCACAGACAAGGAGUUGAGGAACCUGGCUUCCCGGCUGAAGGACUGGUUUGGAGCCCUGCAUGAGGAUGCAAACCGGGUCAUCAAACCCACCAGCUCCGACACAGCCCAAGGCAGGUUUGAUACCAGCAUCCUGCCCAUCUGCAAGGACUCACUGGGCUGGAUGUUCAACAAGCUGGACAUGAACUAUGACCUCCUGCUGGAUCACUCUGAGAUCAAUGCCAUCUACCUGGAUAAGUAUGAGCCCUGCAUCAAGCCUCUCUUCAACUCCUGUGACUCCUUCAAGGAUGGCAAGCUUUCUAACAAUGAGUGGUGUUACUGUUUCCAGAAGCCUGGAGGUCUCCCUUGCCAGAAUGAAAUGAACAGGAUUCAGAAGCUGAGCAAGGGGAAAAGCCUGUUGGGAGCAUUUAUACCUCGGUGUAAUGAAGAGGGUUAUUACAAAGCCACACAGUGCCAUGGCAGCACGGGCCAGUGCUGGUGCGUGGAUAAGUACGGCAACGAGUUAGCUGGUUCUAGGAAACAGGGUGCUGUGAGCUGCGAGGAGGAGCAGGAGACGUCGGGAGACUUUGGCAGUGGUGGCUCCGUGGUCCUGCUGGAUGACCUGGAGGAUGAGCGGGUGCUGGGGCCGAAGGACAGAGAGGGGAAGCUGCGGGUGCACACCCGGGCAGUGACAGAGGACGACGAGGACGAGGACGACGACAAAGAGGAUGAGGUCGGCUACAUCUGGUAGUUCCCAUGAGGAAAAGGACACAGGUUGUGCGCAAAAUUGCAAGGCACUCCCCCUUCCUGCAUUUGUGUCCAAGGCUUGAGGCACCAAGGUCCCUUCUCCACUGUUGCUCUGUGCCCGACCCAAGGUUUGGAAGGCAGCUCCUUGUUCCCAGAGCGUUCAGGCUUUGAAUCCAGUUGUGUGGGAGGAAGGGUGUUGUGCUUUGUUAUUUUGUUUUGUUUUUGUUCUGCUUUGUUUUCCGACAGGGGAAGGCAUGGCUGAAUAAACGCCUCCUUCGCUCCUGUGAGAUUUUUUGCAACAAGCAUGUCGUUUCUGUGGAAUUCUGAUCGUGCAGGGAGCCCCCACCCUCUUAAACGUCAAAGACCCUUCUUGAUUACCUACACUGGUGGUUAUUACAGCAUGGUUCCCGGCCUUACAGUGUCUAAGUGCUUUUCUUGUGUCCUGUAGAUGUCGUGGACAACACACCACAACUGUCCCGUGCCCUCCCUGCCCUCCACCACCCCUGGUGUUGAUUACAAUUUAGGUUCUCACAUCACGAUACCUGGCUUCCUAGAAACAACAGCCUUAAUUCGUCCAGAGUCCCUUUGGGGAAUUAAUUUUCUUUAUCACAGAUGCUUCUCGCUGUAUGUCCAUAAAUGGAGUAUGUGUGUACCUGUGAGGCUGUGUGUGUAUGUGUGUGUGUGUGUGUGUGUGUCUUGUGCAUGCACAUCCCUGAACGCAUACUUCUCAGAAAAAAAAGUGCUUGAGGUAUCCAUUAAAAACUUAUUUGAAAAAUAAUUGCCCAUUUGCCAGCUUGUCUAGACCUGGAUUGCCACUGGUGGAAUAAGAUUUGGGUUGAGUCCUAUUUUGCACUAACAGUCGGCCCUUGUGGCCUGCAGGCUGAGGAGGCGUCUUCUCUCUGCAUCAGCAGAGUUCCUGGAAUCCGCUUUGAUCAGAUGAGUCUUCGUCUGCCUAAAUCACUUAUCUUGGGAAGCCAUGCAACUCCCACAUGGGCCGCUUCACAAGCCAUCACUUUUGUUUCUGCGCAGCGCCCUCUUCCUCCUCCUCCUCCUCCUCCUCCUCCUCCUCCUCCUGCAGCAGGCAAGUCUGCCACAGGCUCCCCCCUUCCCUAUAGGCUCAAGGGCUUUUUAUAAGGAUGUGCUUAAAUGCCUCUUCUUGAGAAGACAGUCCCCCAGUGUUCACUGAAGAAGACAAUGUAGGAUUCUUAACCCAAUGUUCUGCUUUGUGCCCUUUCUAUCCACAAAUCAUGAUGAUGUUACAAAAGUUGUACAGAUUUUUUAUUUUUUAGCCACCAUCAUUUUUUGCCAGAAACUCGGAUAAAGGCCUAGAGGGAACUUCAUGGUAGCAUGGGUUAGGGGUUUAAGAGCUCGUGCGCUUGCCGCCGCCCCAAUCCAUACAGAUAUAGAACGAAUGAUGCUAAUGAAGGAAGCCCUUCACUCUUGCAUUUCUUUUUCCAAAGUUAACUCACAUGGUUGGGGGGUGGGGUGGAGGUGGGGGUUAGGUCCAAAUAUGUAGGUCAGUAAGUCAUCAUCUAUAUAUUCUUUAGGAUUAUUCUCCCUAGCAAGCUGGCCCAGAUACAAGUACCAAAGAAUAGUCUUCAAAGUGGUCCCAUUCAGUUCAGUACCUGCCCUUCAGCCUUGGCCCCAUCUGGUUGCCACCUACCUAGAUGCCCCAAUCAGUAGCCCAAGCAAGGUUCCCUGGUCCACAUUGGUUUUUCUUGCCGCUCCUAUUAGCUAUAGCCAGUCCACAAGAAGACCAGAUUAACUCAGGCAAAGCAAAAUAUUCGGUCAGACCAUGAUCACAGUGACAACUGACCAGCCCCAACUCCCUGAAAUGGACCAUUUGUACUUUGCCAAUCUGCCUGCAGCUGGUGUCAUCCGGUCUUUGCAUGUAGCUAGAUAAAAUGGGAUUAUUCCCAGAGUUGGGUUCAACUGAGAUAUGAAUGUGUUCCAUGUAGCUAACUCAUUGGCUUGACAGUCACAAGUAUAACAAAAUUCCAGAUAGAUUUACUUGCUCUGAAGGGAGACCAUAGGCCAAGCUCUGUAUAGAAAUCACAACUCUUUUGCUAAUAAUUUGUUCACUUGAGCAGAACUUUGAAAUCACAAAUUAGAAAACAGAUGCUUAAUUGCAUCUAAAUGACAACCGAGUGUAUGAAAAAAAUCAAGACAUAUUUUUUAAAAUCUCAGUUUAGGCCAUCAAAGAACCAUUGUUACGAUCUCCUCUGAGCUUGGGAAAUUGCACGAGAACAAAUUAAAAUCGACAAAUUGAUUUCACUUAGAGAAACUUCUAGGAACAGAGUGAGCCACUGAUUUUAAUUUGCCUAAUUAUCUUAUGACAAGUGUCACAUUAAGAUGACACUUAAAGAUCCUUAGCAUUCACUUAAUGAUGGAGAAGAGUGCUCACUAGACAAUUCCCAGUUAGGUAAUGAGGUGCCAUUUCAGCGAUAUCCCGAGAAGAUAUUUUGAUUCAUUAAAAUAUUAAAUAAAAAGCCCUCCUGAGACUGGAACCCCAAAUCAAUGGAGCAACAUUAACACUACUUCUCAUGCCUCACCUUAGCAGUAGCACUAGGUGUUUUUCCCAAGGACUUUAUACUUUCUGCAAGUACUACAAAUUAGAUUUUGAGUUACCCUUGGGGUAGAAUUUUUGUUUUCCUCUUUUUGCAGGAGCACAUUAGUUACCAUGACUUAGUAUACAUAAAAUCUUGAUUAAAAUAUAUAUAUAUCAUGGUGAUAAUCCAAUCCCUUGUUUGACUUGAGGUAUUCAGCUGAAUCCAUACUAACCCAUUGGCGCAAACUCCAGAGUGAAUAGCUUCAUUCAUAGUCCAUGAAUGACCCUUUGAUUUAAUAUUAUUUCCUUGGCAGCCAACUUAAAUCCCAGGAAUGUCUCCCGUAUGGUUUGUUGACUGGCAUAUAAUUUCCUUUGAUUUCCACAAAUAUUCUAGGUGUGGGAAUUUCUUAAUAUUCUAAAGUUAAGGUUUUUGUAAGUGUCCCUUUGUCUGCCCAUUUCCUCACCCCUAGCACAGACGACUGUCUGUUUGUCCAGGUCUGCCCCUCUGCUCUUCACAGGAGGCCACUCUCAUUGGUGGUGGUUGUUGUUGUUUUCCUUAACCACACUGUACAAUAACAUCAAGGAGCCCUCCCUUUCUACAGUGGGUGGUUUUGAUCUUUUUAUACCUUUUUCUCAAAGUCACUACAGUUUGUCCCUGUCAAAUGUGCAACAUGGUAACAAGAGCCCACCAAAUCCUGAGCGUCAGUUUGUUGUCCCUAUUGUAGAUGAAAUAGUGAAAUAGAAAACCUUAGUAAAUGUUGAAUGCUUUUCCAUGUAGACUUAUCUGGAAUGUGAACAUGACUCUUUGGUUAAUAAUAAAUGCUUAACUGUAGUCUUGAGUAGGUGCAUUUCUGUCUGUCUCAAUAAAUUUUAAUUUGUCUGCAA